AUGCUAGAUGAGGAAUGGCCAAGUUGCAUAGCUGGUGAAGCUUUCCGAGAUGAUGUUUUCUGUUGGUUUUGGCAAGCAUGUUGUUUUCAUCAACUUGUUCUGAAGAGACCGAGACAUAUUGUCGUUCUGUUGAAUUUGAUUAUGAUGUGGAAGAGGAAAACACUAAAGAAAGCAGGACAACAAGUUUGGAUGAUUUUGUUUGAUUUUGAGUUUGUUUUAAUGUUAAGUGGUAAUGUAUUAUUGUGAUGAAUUAGUUUUUCAUAUUUUGUACUUUGGUGUUUUGGUUGGUUGGUUGUUUCUACAAUAUUAGACUAUUAGUAAUUUCUAUUUUGUUAAAUGAUUUAAGAACU